UAGAGGUGAUGUGGAUAUCGAUCGGAAGAACCUCGGUGGCUGGACUCCCCUGAUGUAUGCGUCCUACAUUGGUCACGACAACGUUGUUAACCUGCUUCUGGAGUCUGGUGUAAGCGUCAAUGCUAGUACUGACAGGGGGCUUACACCGCUAAUGCUGGCUGCUAGCUGUGGCAAUGAGAGCAUUGCUUACUUCCUUCUACAGCAAGGAGUGGAGCUUGAACGUAAGGAUUCACGGGGCUGGACUGCUCUUUUGCACAGCACGAGCACCGGACAUCAACAGAUGGUCAAAUUUCUUCUAGAUAACAAUGCAAACGCUAACAUCAAGGAGCCUCUGUUUGGGUUUACCCCAUUAAUGGAAGCAGCAGCAUCAGGUCACGAGAUCAUCGUCCAGUACCUUCUUGAUCGUGGAGCACGGGUUGAGGAAAGGAAUUUCAAAGGUGAGACGGCAAGAGCUUUAGCCAUGAUGUGCAGCCACACGAAAAUUGCCAGCCUCUUAGACAUGCACUGCCUAAGAGCAAGAACAGGGGUCUAUGAGGAGCUGAGCUCAUCAGAGGAGGACAGCGCAUCUCCGAGACCCAGAUCUGGCCGCAGCAGAACCAGGGGCCCCAGCAUACACGACGGCCCACAGGCUAUAGCUCGCUGCAGAGUGGCUCCCAAACAUGAUUUGCCAUCGGCUCCACCAGGCUACAUGACGUUCCGUGAUGUCGGUGAACAGAACGAGGGUAUCUGCAACCGUGAUGUUACUUCCCCUAUCAAUGAACUAGACGGACAGAGCAACAGCAGUAGAGAUGAGCUGUACUUUGAUCACGACAUGCCCACCAUGCGCAGCAGCAGCAGCAGUAGUGAGGGUCAGCCCUGCUUCCUCGGCCUCAGCAGGGAGGCGUCAAUAGAGAGUAAUGAGGAUUCAGAUCAAGCCAAGAGGACCUGCCCUCGUCGGCCCAACAAGCCACAUCACUCAAAGAGCAAGAAUCGUCAUAGCAACAGUGACUCGACUGGGAAUUAUGAAAUUCCUGCUCCAUCGGGACCUCCUCCUUCUUACACAGGACCCAAGGAGCUGGCAGAGUUUCUGGAGCAGGUAGGCUGUAUUAAGUACCUCCCCCUGCUGGAGGAGCAGGAUAUCGACCUAAGAAUCUUCCUAACACUGACCGAAAAUGACCUAAAAGAAGUGGGCAUCACGUUGUUUGGCCCCAAGAGGAAGAUGACCUCAGCAGUAGCCCGUUGGCAUAGUAAUGCCCGACCACCAAGUGAUGCAUUAGAGCAGGCAUAUGCUGACAAACUGGAGGCUGAGAUGCAAGAGAUGGCUAUUCAGCUUCAUAAGCGGUGUGUGGAGGUGGAGUCUUUGCAGGGUCAGGUCUCUCAAGAGAAGGAACUACGCACUGUGAUGGAGGGAUGCCUGAUGGAGGAGAAGAUGGCAUGGAGGAGAGUACAGACCGAGUUAAGGGAAAACAUCAACCGAAUCCAGGCCCUAAACAGCACCCUACACACACUCCAAGCUACACAAACACAGUUUUCACAGGCUACAGCAAAAGGUAAUGGGGCAUUGUUCUCAGAGAUGCUCUCCAGGAUGGAGUCUUGUGAGGAAAAGCUAGCUGAUGGCUUUAAGGCGCUCUGUCAAAGUCUUCAAAAUCUGUGCACAACAGAGAAGAGCUCCAACAGCUGGGAGGAAGAAUCUUAGCAUCUACAUCAACUGCAAUUUGACUGACUGAGGGUGAAGACGCCACCCUGAACUCACAAACGGAGAGCUGCCUGAGCUGGCCCGAUGGACAGAGAAAGG